AUGGCAAAACCCGUUUUCCAUUCAACCUUUGUUUCGCGCCUCGACCGCAAGCUUGAACUACAAGAUGUAGCUCGGAACAACGCUCCUGCUUCGAUGGAUCAAACGAUUCAUUGCCAAGCGAUAGUUUCUGACGCGCCGAAAGAGCUGCUUGAAUACGACGCAGCCAUAAGCAAGACACGCGCUACACUAGAUGCACUGGAGAGCGAGCGACGAACUAUUCAAGAAUAUCAUGGGCUGUGUCGCUCCGUCCUUGCUCCCAUUCGACGUCUUCCGCCUGAAGUUCUUACAUCUGUCUUCGAAUGUUUCAUUACUCCAGUUCCAUGGAUUCCUUGGACCCCAGAUGAGGCAUUAACCACAUGGAAAGACCUUCUCAAACAAGAAACGGAGGAGGUUGGCAAUCAAGCAUUGAUCACACUUUCUAGAGUUUGCCAACGUUGGAAUAAUAUCAUCAUGGGCACCCCAACGCUGUGGUCCGCGGUCAAUCUGGACCUUUCUGUCUGGGCUGACCCUGAAGAGGCGUACACACGAUUAGAAUCUCCGUUAAACAAGGUCUUACUACGUGGACAGCAAACUCCGUUGACUAUAGGCGUGCAUGAUACUUAUGGUCGCACUCCACGCAAUGGCUGGAAAAGAACAAUGGCCUUGCUCCUUCGCCAUUCAUCACGAUGGAAGAAUGCCUUCUUCUCGCAAUCGCCGAUGGCUUUUGCCUCCUAUGAUGCACCAAAUCCUGAUUUUCCUGACCUUGAAAACCUACAUCUCGACGCACAGUUCAAGGACAUUCCCCCACAAGUCACUUCGUUUUUUAGAGAAGUGCCACGACUGAGAACCCUUGAGCUACGCAGUCCUGUUGGUCAUCUCCACAGCCUCGGUUUGCCGUUCGAGCAAUUGGGGUCGUUGGUGCUCUGGGGAGUUCCUCCAGCAGCGUUAAACGAUGUUCUCCCAGUUGUCUCCCGGCUCCCCAAGACUUCGGAAGCGCACAUUAUGAUCCAUAUGAUACCGAACACUAGCGUAUCGGCAGCGGGAUACAAUACCGGCGAAAUUACCUCCCAACUUGAGUCCUGCACAGUCACUGGCUAUGCCCAUACGAAGGAAGUCGACGGGGUCAUGACACGUUUUGUCCUCGGCCAAAUAUUCCAGCGGCUAAACCUCCCUCGGGUCACGUUUCUGGGCUUCGAUUAUCAUGCGAAAUACGUGCCGAUGCCUUGGCCACACGACGAAUUCGUCGCAUUUGCCGCACGCUCGUCAUUGAAGACCCACCUCACCCGUAUAAAUUUAGGUUGGGUCGUUGUCAAUGAGCCCCAGAUGCUCGAAAUACUCGGAAACCUCCCCCUGCUCACCUUCCUCCUCAUUUCGGACCACAAGGUAGUUGACAAAAGCGAUGUGGUUGCAGUCACCAACACCGUGCUCCACCGGCUAACCCGGAAAGACUCCACGGACGAGGGGUGUCUCUGUCCGAACCUCAAUUCAUUUACCUUCUUUUCGCAUUUAGAGUUCGACGAGGGGGUGUGUCGCGACUUUAUCACAUCGCGGGUAAGUCGCGGAGGUAAGGGAGGCAUUAAGAAGUUCGAGCUGGAGGUGUGUUGGUAUGAAAUGGGCCGACGAAAACCGGGGCCGGAUGAAUUUGUUGAGGCAAAGCAAUUGGAUGCGCAGGGCAAGAUGAAGUUUGCGAUAAAAGGCUAUCGUUUAGAGAAUGAAAAAUAA